GUGUUAAUGUAUAUUCUGUAUGUAUAAUGUGUCUGUUUCUGUGGCAGUACGCUGUUGGCCUUGCCGUUGCUACUCUCAGUGGACGAGGCCGUGGGAGAGUGUGGCUGAAGGCAGAGGCCGGGUGCUAGCAGAGGGGACAAGGAGAGGGGCCACUGGGCAGCAGGACGAGUGGGGGACAUUGACUUCACUGGCACCAGUAGGACAAGGGGAAAGUUUGUGAGGGUUCACAGCUCCACAGAUCCAGUGUUAAUCUACCAGAUGCUGACAGAGCAGUGGGGACUAGCCCCUCCACACCUGGUGGUGGCUCUGGUGGGGGGAGACGAGCUGGCUCAGAUGAAACCCUGGCUCAGGGACACCGUGAGGAAAGGACUGGUCAAGGCUGCUCAGAGCACAGGUGCCUGGAUCCUGACCAACGGGCUUCGCUUCGGCAUCACCAAGCACCUGGGCCAGGCUGUCCGGGACCACUCUCUGGCCAGCACCUCCUCUAAGGUCAAGGUGGUGGCCAUCGGCAUCGCUCCCUGGAACAUGAUCCACCACAGAGACGCGCUGCUUGCUGCUAAGCCAGACCAGCCUGCCGUGGUGGAGCCCCAGGACCUGCCCCAUGGGGCGGUGUACUCCCUGGACUGCAACCACUCCCACUUUGUCCUGGUUGAGGAGGACCCUCAGCGCCCCGGUGCCACCAGAACAGCCUACCCAGUAACCCACCGUGGGCAGCUUCUGAUAGAAGCCUUUACAGAGUCGUGCAGGAAGUCUUUCAGCACUUUGGACACCUCGUGCAGGGUGAACGGGCCUUCCGGUCCCCGGGCUUCGGCCUUGUGGUGGUCGUGA